GUUGAUCCAAUGUUAAAGAACUAUGUCAAUUCCAAAAAGAGUACCAGCAUUGUGCGGUGACAGCAUUUAUUUCUUGGCGUGUUUCAUUUUCACUUUAGAUCCUAAAGUCUGAAUUAUUGGAUAGCUUGGUCUCGUGAACAAGUCACAUUUGGCUCACAAGGUAACGAAGAGGAACUCGUCAGCUAUGGUUCAGUCCCAAGAUUCCUAUUAGCCGGUAAUUGAAGCUAGUAGCUAACUGCUAAGCGUUAGCUCAGAGCUUUUCGCCGGUACAGGCGAGCCUCUUUGUCUGACAGGAGAAGGCGUGCUCUUUUGUUAGCCUUUUCCCCACUCAGAAAACAGCAUUUAUCGGGUUCUAUUUUCACUGAUAUCUGCAAUUCUGAGCGUUUUUGGAAAAUGCAGAUCGGGAAAAAAUACUUAACAGAAGGCCUAAUUCAGUUAACGAUCCUGCUUAGUUUUAUAGGAGUUCGAGUAGACGUCGACAGCUACCUAAGUGGCUACUAUCCGCCUCUGACAGAAAUCAACUUGGGUCCUAGCUCAGCUUACACCCAAACACCCUUCCACAUUUUGAGAGACACUCUUGACGGGUACGGCGUUCAUCCAAAAUGUCCCGAGUUGGACUAUUUCUUCGCAAGUCGUCGGCUUCUGGAGGAGGUGAGGACUCUAGGCUCGCCGCGGUUUCACACCCAGCUGAACGCGUGGCUGGUGCACCAGGUGUCUGCCACCGACGAGGCCGAGCAUGGGCCUUCCACCAGCAGCGGAACGGACACCGACAGUGUGUUGGAAAGUUCCGGAGACUCAGGCGAACACCUUUCGGAAAGUGGACAGGAAGUGCGAAGAAGGGCGAACCCUGAACUGGGACAAGGGCCUUGUCACACAGAGGAAGAUGAAGCUCAAGUCACAGAGGAGGAUCCAGUUGCCCCUGCACAGCUUGCUCACAGUUCCUUUCUUGAACAGGAGAGUUUACUUGAAGGCAGCACUACACUGUCCAAUCCAGGGCGUUGCCAUCCACCUUUUCCCACUCCUGAUAUUGACUGGAGCAAUUUCCUCUCUCUUACAGAACUCGAUGACCUGGAUUGUCUUGUUUCUGGUCGUCUGCCAGACCUCAACACUGACAUCAUAGGCGCCAUCAGCCAGAAUGUCAGUUUGCACGAUGCUAUGGUAACCAGUUCUGGAAUAUGCGGUGAGUCAUCGUCUGAAGGAACUGAGCCCAGGAGCAGUGCUCAACAGCAAAGAAACCUCCUGAGGCUGGACUCCACGGGAUCUUCUGACACUUCGCCUGAGAUGGCUCUGGGCCUUGCUGCACUUCCUUUUGCCUCAGUGUGCAAUAUGACACCAAGUGCUACACCACAAGGUACACUGAAUGACUGUCUGGAUGAAGCUGUGUUUGACCAGAUCAAUCAGCUUGGCUUGGAUGGCCUCGAGACAAUAAAUAACCAGCUGUUGGGCAGCCUGGGGUGCAUAGAGCCCCAUGCCCUUGAAGACUUGGACUCCGACUCUGGUCUUUCCUUGGAGAGCAGCUCUGGCAGUCCACUAUCCCCAGGUUCAUCAGAGAUUUCAUCAUCUUCCAGUUCAUACUGUGAGGAUGAGUGUGGAGCCACAGGCUACAGCAGUGAGGUAGAAUCUGUCCUCUCAAAGGGAAUAACGGACUACAGCACGACAUGGCCACCGACUCAUCCCAAUGAGAAUAUCUGGCAUGACCACAGCUACGCAUCCGCUGCUCUCUUCAACAAGGCAGCAAUAACGCUGCCCCAUAAAAUCGAGGAGCCUUUUAGCGAUGAUGUCUGCUCAGACUUGGAAGAACAGGAGCUGAGCCGGGAUGAGCUGCGAGCUCGCGCCAUGUGCAUUCCAUUUUCCGCUCUGCAAAUCGUCAAUAUGCCCGUAGAAGAGUUCAUGGAGGUUCUGGAUAGCUACGGUUUCUCAUCGGAGCAGGUAACUCUUCUGAGGGACAUCCGCAGACGUGGGAAGAACAAACUAGCAGCUCAAAAUUGCCGCAAACGCAAACUAGACGCCAUCACAGGGCUCCAGGAGGAGGUGGAGAUGUUGCAAGCUCAGCGGGACAGGCUCCUGAGAGAUAAACAGCUUACAGCCAAGACGAUGGGUGCCGUGGGGCAUCAGAUAAGGCAGCUGACCAGAGAUGUGUUGGCGCGGCUGAGGGAUCGUUCAGGACAGCCCUUGAACCCAGAGAGAUACACUCUGCAGUGUGGCGCUAAUGGGAGGGUUGUAGUCCAGCACAUCAGACAACCUGCUGUCUCCACAUCUGCCAGCAACAAGACAGACAAGAGGAAAAAAGACAAAAAGCAGUGAUGAUCGUUUACACACCGAAACUUAGGAUUUACCUUUUCUGGGCAUAUUACUAUGCUGAAUGGCUUGACUCUGGUUUUGGGAUGCCUUCUUUUUUGUUAGUGUAUAUGGAUCCAAAAGCUGCAAAAAUAGACAUUCAUAAAGAUAAAAUCCUAAAAAGAAUAUCUGUAAAUAUUGAGAAAGUUGUAGCUUUCACACUGGACUUUGGCAAAACAAAUGGUGCACUUAUGGGAACAGCUUAGUGUGUGGCAACUGUACCGGUCUCUUUGUCCCUGCUAAGUUCUAAGACUUUGUGAUGGUUACUGCUUAGAGAUCACACAAGUGUUGAUUCUGUUAGUUUCUAUUUACGUUUUGCCUUUUUUUUUUAACCAUAUCGAAGAAGAGGAAGAAGUAAAAGAUUGUAUUUAUUAAAGUUUUGUCAAAGAGCUCAAAGUGAAUAUAUACACGAUGAGACUGUCCAGGACGGUGUCUUUUUAUUAUAACUUAAUCUAAGUGAGCAGACAAUUGAAAUUUCAACAAUCGGAUAUUGGAGAACACUUUAUAUUAGAUUGAUAAUUACUAUUUAACGAUUGGCAUUUGACAAAACAAGCGUUUGAGUUUUUGCCUCACUUGUCUUUAUGACAGACAGAAAAAAACUGGUAAGAUUGACCAAAUCAUAAAAUUGAUUUACUUUUGUAAGAUAAUGAGCAUUGUUAGAGGUUACAAUAACAAAUCUUUUUUAGGUUUUUCCUAUUUUCUUGCUAAAUAAGUUGUUUGUGGGUAUGCAAAAGUGUGCCUUUGAUCUAAUGACUUUUUUUUUUUUUUUUUAAGUUUGCUGAAGUUGACAUUUUCGUGAAAAAAUUACAAUCACAAACUCUCGGUUUAAAUGUUGUUGAUUUGGUUUCAUGUGCUUUCUGUGACAUUUCUAUCUGUUUCUGCCAUUUCCUGUGUGAGCACAUUGCUACAUAUCUGUUUACUUCAGGAUAAAAAAAAUACUCCCAAGUUUUCCACUUGAUUUAUUUAAACUUACAUUUCAAAAACCUUUUCCAUUUUUUUAAAUGAAAUUCUACCUCAGGUUUAUUUUUUUUUCCUAAUCCCUUUUUGACUAAUUUGAAAGGUUUGGUGAACUUAAGUGUACUUGUAUAAUAAAAUAUUCAUUAUUACUGUGACCCCAAACAGAUAAGCUGUCCAGUUACUUAAAAAAUCUAUCAGCAAGGCAAGAUGUAACCCUUUAAAUAUUUGUCAUUAUGCAAAGGGAUUGCUAUGAAAACUAUGGGUUCACAGCUUUACAAAGUCAGCCAAGUGUGUGAAAUAAUUGUGGAGUGCAUGAAGUGACAUUUUUCUUUUCCUGGUUUAGCUUAAAGUUUACUUUUCUGUCUCUAAGUUUCGCAAAUGUGUGUCUUUCUUGUUUUUUGAUUGUUUGCUUGUUGAUUGCUGAUAGUAUGGUUUUUCUUGAAGAAUUUAGGCGCUUUUGGGGGAUUUGUUUACUCUGAAUAAAAAAAGAAAGUGGCA